AUGCAAAAUUCAUAAAAAUUAAGUUUUAAUGAGUAAUCUCAUUUGAACGAGGAGUAUGUUAGUGUGAUAAAGUAGAUGCAUGAGAUUGCUGACGAGGAAAUCAUCAAUCGUUUGGCUUAGAGAAUAACAUAGAGUAAGUUAUUUUUGAGGUUUGCAAGAAAAGAUUACGAUUUUAAUUUAGUUCGAUUGGGAUUGUAUUUGAUGUUGUUUUUGGGAAUAUGGAUUUUAAGUUAUGUGAAGAUAAUUUGGUUGUUGACUGCAAUAAUAUAUCCAAUGAAAUGCAAAUUGAGCAGUGAGUAGGACUAGAUUCGUUAAAUUUUGUACUAUGUGGCUUUGGGUGUGAUUCUGUUAUUGGAUCCUUUGCUGCAUGUGAUAAUUGAAAAGAUGAUUCCUUUGUAUGGGAUAGUGAGAUUUUUGAUAAUUUAUUGGUUGGUACACAAAAAAUUCUAUGGCUGCGGUGUGUUAUACAUGCUGAUAUUUAAGAAGCUGAAACAAUUGGAUCCUGAGAGAAUCAAAGAAGAUUUGUUGGAUGUAGUUGAUAAGAUGUCUGCAAGAAACUUUUGA